UAUGAUCCUCUCUUCCUACUUUGUAUUAUUAUUUUGUCUCCUUCCACUAAUCCCUAUCUUAUUAUGCAUCUCUAAUGAUCUCCCCUUUAACGCUGCGAAUAAACCAAAGAAUGGCUUUAACCCAUCGCAUCAUCAUCCUCGUGGCACUUCUUGCUAUCUCCGUCACAGCCGUCUCUCCCGCGGCUAAACUGAAACCAAAACAAACCGUUCCUACUACUCCUCCUCCACCUCCGGCGAUCUCAGCGGCGGCCAAAGAUUUCCUUGAUGCGCACAACAAGGCCAGAGCCAUGGUCGGUGUUCCGCCACUGGUUUGGAGCCGGACGCUGGAAGCUGCGGCGAAUAGGCUGGCUCGUUACCAGAGGAAUCAGAAGAAGUGUGAGUUCGCGAGCCUUAAUCCUGGGAAAUACGGCGCGAACCAGCUUUGGGGUAAGGGACUGGCCGUGCCACCUUCGCUUGCGGUGGAGACUUGGGUGAAGGAGAAACCUUUCUACAAUUACAAGUCAGACACGUGCGCUGCAAACCAUACGUGCGGGGUCUAUAAACAAGUCGUGUGGAGGAACUCUAAAGAGCUCGGCUGUGCUCAAGCCACGUGUGCUAAAGAGUCAACGGUUUUAACCAUUUGUUUUUAUAACCCUCCGGGAAAUAUUAUUGGCCAAAAGCCAUACUAGCACUUGAAUCAUCUAUUCAUCAUCAUCAAACUUCAAAUUAAUAAAUUAGUAUAAAUGUGCUCUUUUUUGCCAAUUUCAGUUUUGGAAUAUUUUUAAUA